AUACAUAUACAUACAUAUUAAGUACUUAUGCACAUACAAUGUAUUACCCAUACGAAUAUACCGAACCAUGAUCUAACCCACUCCACUGUACAACGUAGUAGCCAUAUUACGUUUCCUUACAUCUGAGUUUGCAAAAAAAUACACAAUGGCUAACAAGUUAUUCCUCUUCCGUUUACGACAAAGUGCACCAUAUAUGUGUACCCGUGGAAUGGCCUUGCCUGGUCCAGUAUUCCCAGAUAAAAUUGGUAAUCGAGAUAUAGUAGGCAAUGGAUACAAUGGGGAACCUACCUACUUAGAUCGAGCUGAUUUUCCUAUGCCUGCUAUUCGAUUCAAAGCAAAUACCCCAGAUAUCAUGGCAUUAAGAGAGAAAGAAAAGGGUGAUUGGAAAAAAUUAUCAAUAGAAGAGAAGAAAGCAUUAUAUCGUGCCAGUUAUCGUCAAACAUUUAGUGAAUUCCUAGCCCCAUCAGGUGAUUGGAAAGCAUGUCUUGGAUAUACAUUCUUGGGAUGUGCCUUCAGUAUUUGGUUGUUCAUGUUCCUUAAAACAUAUGCAUACCCACCAUUACCAGAAUCAUUUACCGAAGAAAGUAGACUUGCACAACUGGAACGUAUGCAAAUACUUGAAGUCAAUCCUAUAACUGGAAUUAGUUCUAAAAAAUAAAUUAUCUUGGUAUAAAAAUAUAGUAAAAAAAA